GUUAUUUUCAGUAAAUCGGAACAUACCGUAAUUGAGUACUUAUAUUAAUUUUUUCAAAAUCAAUUACUCAUUUUGAAAAAGAAAAGAAAAAAGAAGAUGAAUUUAUCCGAAUAGCGAGGUGUGUAGUGAGGACAAUGACACUAGACUACUAAACCUCUCUGCUCUAAAACACAAACACACACACUUACUUUCGUUGUUUCUCUCUCCUUCACGCAGUGCAUCGUUUACUAAUUUUGUCUGUUUCCACACCACUCACUCCACUUACUAACAUCAAUGUUGGAACCAUAGGAAGCAUAAACCCACAUACCACCUUCAUCUUCAAACAUCUCAAUUCUACUUUAAAAAAACACAAAUAAACACCAUUUUUAAUAUCAUACUGUAUUAUUAUUAUGCAAAUUAGCUUAAUCCAAAUAAACAAACAAAUCUUAGUUGCUUACUUUGGCGGCCACCGCUUCUUCUUCCACCCCCUUCUCUCUCCAAUAUAACAACAAACUAAGCUCUGUCUCAUUUUACUUGGAAUUUUAACAUCAGAAAUACUCUGAAACUAUAAUAAUUCUUUCUUUUGGAUUUCUGAUUCUUCUUUUACAAAAUGGCAAGUGGAAAUCGAACUAGCGUGUAUGGAAAUUGGGAAUUCGACAAAGGUGAUGUUAAUUUAGACUAUUGUGAUGUUGGGUUAGGCUUAAAAAUUCCAUGGCUCCAACAACAGCAGCAACAACCGCAGUCGCAACAACAACAGAGACAACAACAACAGCAUCUUCAGCAGCAGCAGCAGCAACAACAACACUGUGUUGUUCCGUGGCUUCAAACACGCCAAAUUCACAAUCAUACCGAAGAUAACAGGAGUCCUAGUCCUACAAUUUCCGGGUUUUCUUCGGUUUCGCGAUUUGGAGAUGGAGGAAGAGUGACAUUUACAGCAAUACAAAGACAAGAAUUAGAGAGACAAACAAUCAUAUAUAAAUAUAUGAUGGCUGCUAUGCCUGUACCUCCUGAACUCCUCAUUCCUCUGUCUAAAUACCCUUCUAUUUCAACUUCUACUAUCACUACUACAUCAUCACCCUCUGUAGGGAGGAAAGCAGGGGUGGAAAUGCGAUACGCGGGGGUGGGGCGAGGCGGGGGAGGAGAUCCAGAGCCAUGGAGGUGUAGAAGAACAGAUGGGAAGAAAUGGAGGUGUUCAAGGGAUGUAGCACCUGAACAAAAGUAUUGUGAAAGACAUUCUCACAAAGGCCGUCCUUCUCGUUCAAGAAAGCCUGUGGAAUCAUCAACAACAUCAGCAGCAACACUUCCUGUUACAACUACACCUUCUGUUUCUUCUUCUAAUCCUAUUAUCUUUACCCCUUUUUCAAUCCCUAAACCCUCUUCUCACUCCUUCGACUUGCCUUCUCCUACUCAAUUCAACUCUUUUCCAAGGUAUCCAGAUUGGUUCACAUUGAAGGAAGUUGCACCAACUACUACUGCUUGUUUGUACCCUCAACAAAUAGGAGGGGGUGACACAACAAGAACAUCAUCUAUUGUUGAAGAUCAUAACCAAAGCUGCCUUCUUCCUAGGCCGUUUAUCGAUGCUUGGUCUUUAGGUGAUCACGGCGAUCCCAAGGAUGGUUCGAAUUCCAUUGAUAACACUAACACCUGCCCUACUCCAUCCUCACCGCUCAAUUCCAUUUUGCCCCUCACAUUGUCUAUGUCUGCCAGUGUAGACCAUGAUCAUGAUAACUCUGAGGACAACACCAAAGACCAUCCUGAAACAAGGCUGUCAUCAUCGUCCCAUCAUCAUCAGCCGUUGAAUUGGAUGAACUCAUGGAUUGGUUCACCAGCUGCCCCUGGUGGUCCUUUGGCAGAGGCAUUGUGUCUUGGGAUAUCCGGAUCAGGAAAUGGGAGAAUGGCGAGUCAUUCGGAUGAAUUGGUGUCACCUCAUGGACAUAGCACAAGCUCUAGUACCACCACCCUGGGAUAGCAAAAAGUGGCAUUCAUCCUAGCUAGUGGUAACAAUAAUAGUGUUCACCUUAACAUUGGUAUAUCAUAAGAUUAUCAUGCAAUGUUUGGCUUUUUAUUGCACAUUCCACUAAAUUGAGCACACUAGCUAGUAAGCAACAAUCUGUUAAUUCUUUGUAGGUUGGGGCAACUCUUUUUUGUAAGAGUUUUGGGUAAUAGAAGAUAGAAAUGCACUUUUUAAGUAGCUCAAGUAUUUUAAAAAGUUGUUUAUAUUUUUGUCAUAUUUUUUUAAUUUUCUUUUUUAAUUUACUUUCUGUCUUCUGUUUAACUUUUUCAUGAUCAGAAAAGAUGUUAGGAAGAUGGUUAUUAGACAGUGGGAGAUUCUGAAAUGCAGAUCAUGUGUCACUUUCAGUA